AUGACUGCUGAGUAUGUGAGAGGCAGAACUGAGCAAGCUCGAAUGUACCGAAGAAAUAUCGUGCGAUACUGUGAAUUAGCACAGGUUCUAGUUUUUAGAGAUGUUAGCAUGAGGACCAGAAGGCGUUUUCCCACGUUGGAUACUGUUGUUGCUGCAGGUUUCAUGAUGCCUCAUGAGAAGGAACGGUUUGAUGAGAUACAGUACCGCUACUCGAAGUACUGGCUACCCUUCCAAUGGGCCCUUGCUCUCACAUAUGACGCUCGGAAGCAGGGAUUGAUCGAAAGUGACUACUACCAAGUAGUCGUGCAAGAGGUUUUACACAAUAUCAUAUAUUAUCCAUUAAAAUCUAUCAUCUGCUAUCGAAGAUUUUCAGGAAAUUAAGA